AUGGCUGCAGAUGGGCACAGUGGUGGUUCCACCUGCUCGAACCCUGAGCAGAGCGUGAAGGGUCACCUGGGGGAACCAAAGCCCUUCUGUGCUGCCACGGCCCCCCGCAUCCCACCCACGCGGUUGGCCCUGCACCACUUCGACGUGAGCUACAGCCUGCAGCUGAAGGACCUGUGGCCCUCCGUCCGCGCCGCCCUGCUCUGCGAGCAGAAGUACGGCGCUCUCCUCAACAGCUUCUCCGCUGUCGACCACGUCGCCCAAGAGCUGGAGCUGCUGAACGCCACCGAUUUUGUUGCCGAAGCCCCCAAAAAGGCGCAGCGAUGGCAACAGGCUGCAGCUGCGGAGGAAGCGGGGAGGGUGGAAAGUGUGUCUGGAGAGGGCAGGACGGUGAUGCAGGCAGAGACGAUGACACGGGCAGAGAUGUCACCACCAAAUCGUGCCUCUGUCAGCUCUAACAUCAAGUGUUACACCUUCCCCAAGGGCGACAUCACGCGCUUUCGCCCUGCACGGCCGGAUGCUCUGGGGCUCCUUGACUAUUAUCUCAUGGACGCAGCAUCUCUCCUGCCCGUCCUGGCGCUCAACGUGCGGCCAGAUGACUUUGUCCUUGAUCUCUGUGCGGCUCCGGGUGGCAAGACUCUGGCUCUGCUGCAGACGGGGCUUUGUGGGCAUCUGGCAGCCAACGACAUCUCCGUUUCCCGGACAAAGAGGCUGUACCAGAUUCUCCAUAGCUACAUUCCCAGAGAAAUCAGGGAAACCGUGAGUGUCACGUCCUGCGAUGGAAGGGACUGGGAGCAGCUGGAAGGUGGCACUUUCCAUAAGGUGCUGGUGGAUGUGCCCUGCACGACGGACAGGCACUCUGUCAUGGAGCAGGACAACAACAUCUUCCACAAGAGAAGAACCAAGGAGCGUCAGAUGUUGCCCAUGCUGCAGCUGCAGCUGCUGAUGGCUGGGAUCCUCGCUACCAAGCCGGGAGGAGAGGUGGUGUAUUCUACGUGUUCCCUCUCCCCGCUGCAGAAUGAGUACGUGAUCGAGAGAGCGGUAGAAGUUGCAGAAACCCAGUAUAACAUCGGCAUCCACGUCGAGGACUUGAGCCACUUCAGGACUCUCUUCCAGGACACGUUUUCCUUCUUCUCGGAUUGCCGGCUGGGGGAGCUUGUUCUGCCUCACCUCACAGCCAACUUUGGACCUAUGUAUUUCUGCAAAUUACGUCGGAUGUAG